UGUAUUUAUGUGUACGGCUAAUGAUGGAAGAAAACGUUAGCCACAGGGAGGCGGGCGAGCCGCAACUCCGUGUACCAUAGCCAGUAUGCCUUGUACCUUAGGUAGGGCUGAGAGAACUCGAAGAGAGAAACCGCGGACUCUUGCGUUCAGUCUAACUCGGUCCUCGAACUGGUCCCGUGUGCGUGGCGUGUGGCGUGACCGGCGUGGCGCGGCGUCAGUCACAGCAUCCUCCUCGUGGUUCUCUCUAACGCGUUGCCGCUUCCCUCGACGACGCGAGACAAGCUUCCCCCCGUCGCCGUUGGGCACAACAGUGGUACGAGAUUGCAUUCCGUGUCAUUUUGUAAAAACGGCAGACAGAUUGUCGAGCUCCAGUCUAUCGUAUCUCCCUUUGUCCAUUUGCAAUUUCUUGUCACGUGUUAAAGUAUCUUUGUAGGAGAACGCAGACGUUCGUAAAAGAAUUUACAUACUUAAUAUAAUUUUUGAAAAUUUACAUAUAAAUUGAAAUUUUAUACGUUAAAUUUCUAUCAUUUCCUGUUUAUUUCGAAGAAUAGACUUUGGAGAUACGCGUUAGCGGACAUUCAACUCUGCUUCACCGUUACGAUGCUAUAAAAAGAAACAUCCAAAUUUAUAUCGUCAAAAUGACGGCGGAGAAAAAUCUGCGUACCACGCUUUAUCGUUAUCCAAACUUACUUUGGCUUACCGCUACAUUAUCUAAUGGCUCGUACAAAAUCAAUAGGGAGACAAGGCAAAUAGUAGUCUAAAAGAACAGGAAAAGGACUGAAGAAGGAAUCCGGCCUCUUUUCCCUUCCUGGCGCCAACUUCGAGCUGAUAAAGUAUGAAACGGCGGGAAGGUUGAUGGAUCGUUGAUACGAGAUUGAAGCGAGCUGGUGUUGCGCGAGACAACAGAUCCAUCAGCGAAGAUGAGCGGCUUGGCGGUUUGUUUGAUACUCCUCUCGACGGUGCCGGGGAUCCUAGGCGAUUGUCCUGUGGUGCGGCCGCCACAGUGGGGAACCGUGAGGGAGAGAGUUCUUCAGGACGGUGCUCUGCAGAUUGUCUACUCGUGCGAGCCCGGCCGUAAACUUAAGGGUCACAAGAUAGCGACUUGCACCACCGACGGUUGGGAUCAUCCCGUCCCGAAAUGCGUCCCACAUAAUACAUUACGACGUUUUCGUAACGACCUCUAUCUUGGCGAUCAACCAAUCGCCCCGGACAACAAGUUACAAAUCGCAAAGGAUCGUCUUAAGGCGCUAGAGAGGAUAGACGAUUUAAAGAAGCGCAGAAAAACGAAAGAGGGUAAGAAGAGAAAAAAGAAAAGGAAGAGGCCAGCGCAAGCGAAAUCCUCCUCGAGACUACCUACGGCAACAAGAUUAAAUGAAACCGUGGUGUCCCAACUGGAUGUCAGCUGCUUCGCGAAGAAGAGUCUCGGAAAGGGACUCAUCAAGGCCCCUUCGAUCGAGCAUGCUCGUCCCGCCAAAUACGCCAGGAGGAGAAACGUACUGCCGCCGUACAAUCGAUACAUCGUUGCAGUUUACGAAUGCGCGGAUAGUUACGUUUUCGUGGACUCAACGACGGACAGGCUUUUUUGCAGCAACGGCACUUGGCUCGGACGUCGUCCGAAAUGCGUGCGGGACAAUCAACUGCCGAGGGAUAAGGUGAAACGUUGCGAUCAGGGAGCAAGCGAAUGCGAGCACGUGUGCGAGGAUACGCCAAGCGGCAUAAAGUGCUCCUGCUUCGACGGCUUUCGAGCUAAAGGACCGUCCUGUAUCGACGUCGACGAGUGUGCGGAAGGCAUUGCAAAAUGCACCGAUAUUUGCCGCAACGAGCCCGGCUCGUACUCCUGCGAGUGUCAUCGUGGUUUUCAGCUGGGAACCGACGGCCGCUCUUGCCAAGAUGUCAACGAAUGCCUCUCGAACAACGGGCAUGGACCCUGCCAAGGCACUUGUCGCAAUCUCGAAGGUAGCUACGAGUGCAAUUGUGCGGAUAUCCCUGGGUACAAAUUAGCUGGCGACAAUCAUACUUGCGAGGACAUCGACGAGUGCGCGCUAAAUAACGCCAACUGUUCUCACCUGUGCUUAAAUACGCCCGGGAGCGUCUUCUGUCUCUGCCCGGACGGUUUUUAUCUGACGAACGAUUGGAAGACUUGUCAGGAUGUUAAUGAAUGCGAGACGACACCAAAGAUAUGCGCGGAAAAUACCGUGUGCGAGAACACAGUGGGAUCAUACAAGUGCAUAAGCAGGAUACAUCCGCAAGUGGUAACAAAGAUUCUUCGAGAGGAGGACUACGACGAUGAAAAUGAAGACGGGGAUGACGAGGACAACGACGAUGAUGACUACGGAGAAGAAAUUACCGAGGUUCCGCAGAGAACAAAGUGCGAGAGCGGCUUCAAGAAGAACGAAAAUUUGGAGUGUAUUGAUAUAAACGAGUGCGUCGAGAGUGAAUCGCAUGACUGCCAGCACGAAUGCGUGAACGAGCCGGGCGGUUAUCGUUGCGCCUGUCGACCUGGUUACGAGCUCGAGGAGGACGGUGCGACGUGCAAGGACGUGAACGAAUGCAACGCGUCAUCCCGCCCGUGUUCGCACAUCUGCCGCAACAUCGUCGGCGCGUACGAGUGCGAGUGUCCUUCGGGAUUCACAUUGAUGGAAGACAACGCGACCUGCGUCGAGAAGCUCAAAAACUGCGCCAGCCUGACGAAAUCCUGUUCUCAUGCCUGCGAGGAUACCGCGGACGGGCCACGAUGCGUCUGCCCGACCGGAUACGAAUUGUUGGACGACCGUACGACUUGUACGGACGUCGACGAGUGCGCACGUGAGGCUCCGUGUUCGCACUCGUGUAUCAAUUUGGACGGCGGUUUUGUCUGCACGUGUCCGGAAGGUCUGGAGAUCUUCGAGCACGCGAGUAAAUUUAACUGCACCGAUGUAGACGAGUGCGGCAGGGACGAUCAUGGCUGCCAGCACCGAUGCGCAAAUCUGCACGGCGGAUACGAAUGCGCCUGUCACCCAGGAUUCGCCCUGGACAUCGACGGCAAGUCCUGCGUCGAUGUGGACGAAUGUACGGAAAAUCGACACGAUUGCUCGCACGCGUGCAAAAAUUAUCCCGGAGGAUACGGAUGCAUCUGCCCGGAUGGAUACCGACUCCAGCAGGACGCGCACACGUGCGUUGACGUAGACGAGUGCACGGAAGGUACGCACGGAUGCUCACACGAGUGCGACAACGAGGAAGGCGCUUAUAGAUGCGGGUGUCCUGAGAACAUGUCCUUGGACGAUACCGGUAGAAACUGCGUUCUCUCUGACGUAUGCAAAAUCGCGAAUUGUAGUCACGUCUGUGAGAAGAUUCGGGACACCUAUAGGUGCGUCUGCCGAGAAGGAUAUAUCUUGCAAAAAGACGGGAGAACCUGCCUGGAUAUGGACGAGUGUCUCGAGGAUGAGCACGAUUGUUCGCACGAAUGCGUCAAUACCCUCGGAAGUUACAGAUGCGCUUGUCCGCGGGGCAUGAGACUUCUCGAAGACGGUCUCACGUGCGAAAAUCCGAUAUGCCCCGAAGGACUUCGACAGGACGAGCACGGUCAGUGCCGAGACAUCGAUGAGUGUCUCGAAGAUGAGCACGAAUGCUCGCAUUUAUGCCACAAUGUGUACGCGUCUUACCGUUGCUCUUGUCCGGCGGGAUUGAAACUUGAAGAGGAUAAUCGUACGUGCGUAGUCAUUCCAGACGAAUGUGCAAAGUCCCAAGAAAAUAAUAACUGCACUUGUUCCGCGGGAUAUAUUUAUUCACAAGAAGAGCGUAAUUGCGAGGACAUUGACGAGUGCCAGGACGAAGGGAAAAACAAUUGUAGUCACGACUGUGUUAACACUGACGGCUCUUACUACUGCCAGUGUCCGUUCGGUUGGCAACUGCGAGAGGACUCCAGGACCUGUCAAGAGCUACCGGAUGAUCCUUGCGCCAAGAAUCACGAUUGUUCACACAUGUGCGAACAGAAUGAUGGCCGCGUUCGUUGCGGUUGUCCGGAAGGAUACGAUUUACAAGACGACGGAAAAACUUGCCAGGAUGUGGAUGAAUGCUCUAAAGGCUCUCAUGAGUGCAGUCACGUCUGCGUAAACGUCGAAGGAGCUUACCAUUGCCAGUGUCCUUCGGGAUAUCAAUUGAAUGACGAUCGCAAGACCUGUCAGGAUAUCGACGAGUGUUCGUCUGAGAAGACUAAUUGUUCUCACGGGUGUCUUAACACAAAUGGUACUUUUAACUGUACCUGUCCCGAGGGAUACGAGCUGCAGGAUGACGAGAAGACCUGCGAGGAUGUAGACGAGUGCGCUUUGAAUAAUUCUUGCUCACACAGUUGCGUGAAUUAUAAUGGCACUUACGAGUGCUCGUGUCCCGCGGGAUAUCAAAUCGGCGAGGAUAGUAAAACUUGCGAAGACAUUAACGAGUGUAUCCAGAACAACGGAGGGUGUUCGCAUCUUUGCGCGAAUACGGAAGGUGGUAUCGAAUGCGCGUGUCCAGAAAACUACGAACUGAAGGACGACGACAAGACGUGCGUAGAGAUAAACGCGUGUUCUAUCGAUAAUGGAGGAUGCUCACAUUUCUGUCAUCAAGAAGACAGUCGAGUAUCCUGCUCCUGUCCGCACGGAAUGGUCCUGUCCGAGGACGAAACGGUGUGCACAUACGAGAACGAUUGUCUACAGGACAAUGGCGGUUGUUCCCAUUUGUGUUACCACGAAGACGGGAACGUAACCUGCGCUUGUCCACCAAGUAUGAUCUUGGCAGAGGAUCAGAAGCUUUGCGUACAAGAAGACGGAUGUGCGAUAGAGAACGGAGGUUGUUCGCAUUUUUGUCACGAUCUUGAUGGUAACGUGACGUGUUCGUGUCCCGUGGAAAUGUUCUUGUCACAGGAUGACGACACUCUUUGCGUUCAUGAGAACAAGUGUCUUGUUCGCAACGGCGAAUGCUCGCAUACCUGCGUCUUUGUAAAUAAUUCAGUUAUCUGCCAGUGUCCCGAUGGUUAUCGUCUGUCGUCACAAGACAACGCUACCUGCGUAGAUAUUGACGAAUGUUUAGAACUGCGAGACAAUUGCACCCACCAGUGCCUGAACACUCCCGGUGGCUUCAACUGUAAUUGCAACGUCGGCUUCUCACAAAAUCCUCAAGAUUCAACCCUAUGCGACGACAUUGAUGAAUGCGAAAUCGAUAACGCUGGAUGCUCACACACGUGUGUGAACCUGGUGGGCACCUUCAGAUGUCAAUGUCCAACGGGAUUCGUCCUAGAACGGAACAACAGAACCUGCGUCUUAGCGAAUGGUUGCAAGAUCGACAACGGGAACUGUUCCCAUCAGUGUCAUCAAGUGAAUAGUGAUGGAAUUCCGGGCACUCGUUGCUCUUGCCCAUUUGGUUUCCGCCUGAAACGCGAUCUUAGGACCUGCGAGGAUAUCAACGAGUGCGAAGAGUUCGAGAACGACGUGGACUCCGGCUGUUCUCAUACCUGCGUGAACACUGAGGGCGGUUAUCACUGCGAAUGCCCGACCGGCUACAUUCUGAUGCCGGACAAUCGAAAGAAUUGCGUGGAUGUGGACGAGUGCCUGACCAGCAACCACAAUUGCUCUCACGACUGCGUGAACCUAUUGGGCGACUACGUGUGCACCUGCUACGAAGGACAUUACCUGCACCUCGACAACUCUACCUGCUUGGAUAUCAACGAAUGUCUCGAGCGGAACGGCGAGUGCUCGCAUAAUUGCACUAACACCGUCGGUGGACACUUUUGCUCCUGCCCGACGGGCUACGAACUAUCGCAGGACAAGAAGACUUGCACUGAUAUCGACGAGUGCGCGAAUGAUAACGGAGGCUGCAGCCACGAAUGUGUCAACACCGUGGGAGCCUUCCGCUGCGAGUGUCCACCGAAUCACGAAUCAUGGAAUGGGUCUUGUCGACCAUCCGAUCCUUGCCAAGACCACAAUGGCGGUUGCGAGCAAAUCUGCAAUACGGUGAACGGUACCGCAGAAUGUUCGUGCGAGAAAGGCUUUCAGAAGGACGAGAUCGAUGGUUUCAGAUGUCGCGAUAUUGACGAGUGCGAAGAACAGCACGGCUGCGAUCACAUUUGUGUCAACAGUCCCGGUUCGUAUGAGUGCAGAUGUAAGGAGGGAUUUCGAAUGGAGAAUUCUACUUGCGUAGACGUCGACGAAUGCGCAGUCGGUAUUUGCAAGGGCAACAAAUGCACCAACGUACCGGGCAGCUAUCGGUGCGAAUGUGAGGCGGGAUAUCGAUUCCACGGUGAUAUCUGUGUAGACGUCGACGAAUGCGCGGAAGAGGCGCCCUGCAACGAGAGAUGCGUCAAUACACCCGGCUCGUACUACUGCACGUGUCCCCCCGGAUUUCGGUUGCAGGGACAGGAAUGCGUAGAUAUCGAUGAAUGCGAAUGGCGACGCGGCAGAUGCGAUCAGGAGUGCGUCAAUACCGUAGGAUCGUUCGUUUGCGCCUGUCGCCCUGGAUACACGUUAAUUUCGAGGAGUCAAUGUCAAGACGUGAACGAGUGUCUAAACCGGAACGGCGGCUGCACCGGCGAGUGCAUCAACACCGCGGGAAGUUACUAUUGCGCCUGCAGCGAGGGCUCGGUGUUGGCGCCCGACCAGAGAACUUGCGUCUCGCCGACGUCGGGAUGUCGUGCCAUGGAGCCACCUUUACAUGGAGAGAUUAGAUGUCCGGGUCACCCUUCCGGCGCAUCCGUCUACCCGCAGGGCGCCAAGUGUCAUGUCCGAUGUCGCAGAGGUUUCCGGCUGGAAGGAGCGCACACGAGACACUGCGUCAGCGACGGCCAUUGGAACGGGGAAGGGCCUAUCUGCUUGCGCGAAGUCGCGACAGACCCCCUUUACAAUCCAGACACGCCGCGACCGUUUGUGAGCUGCCCCCAGGACAUGGACGUCGAACUACCGGCUAGGCAAAACACGAUACGCGUAACUUUCCCGCAACCGAAGUCCAACAUGGAUUGGUGGAGAUACGUACACGCCUCACCGCCGUGGGCAAAGCAAUUGCAAGCGGAUCUGCCGGCGGGCACGACGGUCGUUACCUUCACGGCGUGGUCGCCGGUCUCUAAUUACACCAGCACCUGUAGGAUCGUGAUAAGAGUUCGCGAUGCCGAAAACCCCAAGGUCACGAUGUGUCCCGUGUCCUUCGAGAUCAGGCUGAGCCCGGGAGAACGAAAUCGCUUGAUAUUCUGGCAGGAACCGACCUUCACCGACAACGUCGGCGUGGAGCACGUUUACAAAACGAGGGGACCUGGACACGUGAUGUAUCCCGGCGUUCACAAUGUGCGCUACGUCGCCUCGGAUGCAGCCGGAAAUCGAGCCGAAUGCCAUUUCUCGAUACACGUGAGAGAAUCUGCGGACGUUCGCGACUCGGAGCCGAGAUUCUACAGAAGAAGGAUGCUGAUGUGCCCCGGCAGACCACCGCAGCCCGUGCCGAGCACCUCGUACGAAUGGCAAAUACCGAGCGGUUGUUACUUAAGAUACACCAGAAUCUUCUCGGGGGCUUAUCAGCGACAUCCGGAACAUCGACAGAACGGUUACCAGGACACUGAAGUACCUUAUCGCGAACUUCCGCCUACUCGGCAGACUACUAGCCUCCCGGACCUCGCCAGAACGUACAAUACCGACAAUUAUCGACACCCGGGCCGACAACAAUACCACCCCCUCCGGCAGACGCGGGAGCAGCAGCUGCGGCAACGGCAAUAUCGGCAACGCGCCACGAGGACCGAUCACGUAGUCUCACUGCCGACUCAUUACGGCGCGGGCCGCGUCGAGACUAGAAUAUUGCCGUCGCGGCAUGAAUGUUGCACGUAAGGGCCCGUGAACGACGUGUAAUAGGGCGAGCGUAAGUUAACUCCGCCACCCCCGAGUCCCCGAGGAAAGGCUGUCGCGUAAAUCGACACCUGUGAGCACCUGCGCGUACCCGCAACUGUGAAGAUCGAUCGCCGUAAUUAACUCCGGAAAGCGUGGCUUAUAAAACGAAAAUAGCGUAAUACGCUGCCCCAUACACAACUCUCUAAUUCGUGUAUCGGUAUUUUUGUUUUGUAAGCGGUCGCAUAUGUAAUUUUUUUUUUUUCGGAGUGAUAUGCAUUUUCCAAUAUUUUUCUUGCAAAUUUUUUCCCAUGGUUUUUUUA